AUGGACAUCGCCAGCGGAUCACCCUGUUACCUUAAUCCUCUGGAGGAGGCGUUACGAUCCAAACUGAUUCCCGCCAUAACCAAUAGAAGUACUCCAGGAGACAAGAUGAGAAGGCUUUUUGCAUUACCACCUCGACUAGGCGGCCUUGGAAUUGUAGAUCCACGUUCGUUGACUUGUGAGCUGGAAUACUCAAAGUUAAUUUGUGCGCCACUGGUCAACCGAAUUGUGCAACAAGAAACAAACCUGGAUAACGUUCCUACCAAGCAGAAUUCUAUGAAAGCUAGCAUUCGCCAGCAAAAACAUCUAGCACAAAAGUCUCAUUCUGAAAUCACUGUCAAUGAUCUAUCUGUGGAAUUGAAACGUUUAGUUGAAUUGGCCUGUGAGAAGGGUGCCUCCUGCUGGCUGACCGCAAUCCCACUAGAGCAACACGGAUUCACUUUGCACAAAUCUGCGUUUCGGGAUGCCCUGUGCCUCAGAUACGGUUGGCACCCGUCCAACCUCCCAGACAUAUGUCCAUGUGGAUCUAAAUUCUCAGUAGAUCACUCUCUGUCAUGUCCAACAGGAGGAUACCCCAGCAUCCGCCAUAACGAGGUCCGCGAUUUAUUUACCAACUUGUUGACAGAGGUUUGCCACGAUGUACACAAAGAGCCCGUUCUGCAACCUCUCAACGGCGAGGUGUUUCAAAAACGCUGUACUACCUCUGACGAAAAUGCCAGACUUGAUAUUGCUGUCAGUGGAUUUUGGGGUGGGCACUUCCAACGAACUUUCUUUGACGUCAGGGUCUUCAACCCUAAUGCCUCAUCCUACAAAUCAGUGCAGAUCCCGUCAUUAUAUAAACGGCAGGAACAAGAGAAGAAAAGGCGAUACGAGGAACGAAUUAAUAACGUGGAGCUUUCAUCGUUCACGCCAAUCAUUUUAGCAUGCACUGGAGGAUGCAGUAAACUGACGUCUAUUUUCUUGAAAAGACUAGCCUCACUUUUAUCGGAAAAGCACCACACCGAGUACAGCACAACUAUC